AGAAGUUUUGACAUCAAUGAGUCCAAUGAAAAUGAGUUAGAAAGGGAUGCCCCCAUACCAGUCAUAUCAACUGACCAAAAGGAUGCCCCCAUACCAGUCAUGCCAACUGACCAAAAGGUAUACACAGAACCCAGCGCUGCACCUAUUGAUGGAGAACCUGUAGUCAUACCACCGGACGGAAUGAUGUUCUUCUCAUCCAUUGAGAGUCUUAUGGACCAAAAGAAAGUUGUGGACAAUAAGGGUCCGCUAACAAAAGCCGACUGUUCUCUACCACCAGAAGAAGGUCUUUGCAGAGCACUGUUCCCUAAAUGGCAUUACAGUCCAUCUGAUAAGACAUGUAAAUCGUUUGAUUACGGAGGAUGUGGUGGUAAUCGCAAUAAGUUUGAGACUAUAGAGGAAUGUCUUGAUGCGUGCAGUCAAUUAUGA